UCAUUUUAUUAUAUUUUGUGUACUGGGUUCGUUUUUGUUUUUGUGAAAAUGGGUUCUUGUUUUUAAUUUCAAAGAAUGCCAUUAUAAAUGCGCUCUUGUAGUAUUUCUUGGUGUUUGGCUCUAACGGGAAGUUUUGAUCGUGUUCUCUUGAAGUGUUUUAGUGUUUUUCAUACUUCUUGUUAUCCAUCUGAAUUGGUUUAUGUGUUAUUGUGUUAACUUAUCUACAUGGAGUGCAUCUUUUCUUCUUGGGUUACUGUAUCAUUAAAUUAUGGCGUCUUUUUCCUUAUCGUUUAAUUAGAUUACUGAUAAUUUGACGAGUGAUUGCUUUGAUUCUCAUGAAUUGAGAAUUUGGAAAAGAAAAUAAUGUAGAUGAAACAUAACUUGCCAUUUGAUUAAUAUGUACAUGUUGCCAUGCUUGCAAUGCAAUAUAUGCAAUAAUGUAAAAUGCAUUGUAUUCGAUGAAAUGUUUUUCUUCAACAUCUGUUCUUUAAGCAGUUCUUAGAUGAAAAUAACAUACCAUGUCAAGGACUACAGUUUCUAAAUUGCAGGUUUUGAUGCUAAACAAGCAUAUGCCAGGCAACAGUUGUGCUCCCGUCACUCCCAGAACUAGAUUGGAAAGGCUUUUGCGCGAUAGGGAGCUUCGAAAAUUCAACAGGAUUUUCAAUUCAAAUGAUGAUUUAGGUGAAGAUAUCGUAGAAGAGCUCUUCGCCAAUGAUUCAGUUUUAAAUGAGACUGAAAAUAGUGGUCCACUUCAUGAGGGAACAUUAUUAGAGGGGGUUGAUGGAUGUGAAUGGCCAGAUGGACAUCCAAAACAACGUUUGUUAGUGGUUGCCAACAGGUUGCCAGUGUCUGCAGUCAGGCGGGGUGAGGAUUCAUGGCAACUUGAGAUAAGUGUAGGGGGUCUGGUCAGUGCACUUUUGGGUGUGAAAGAAUUUGAUGCCAGAUGGAUUGGCUGGGCUGGUGUAAAUGUACAUGAUGAAAUUGGGCAAAAAGCACUAACUAAGGCUUUGGCUGAAAAGAGAUGCAUCCCAGUUUUUCUUGAUGAAGAUGUUGUUCAUCAAUAUUAUAAUGGUUAUUGUAACAACAUUCUGUGGCCGCUUUUCCAUUAUCUUGGACUUCCACAAGAAGACCGCCUAGCAACCACCCGUAGUUUUCAGUCUCAGUUUGAUGCAUACAAGAAGGCUAACCAAAUGUUUGCUGAUGUUGUAAAUGAACAUUACGAAGAGGGAGAUGUUGUUUGGUGUCAUGAUUAUCACCUAAUGUUUCUUCCCAAAUGUCUGAAAGAACAUAACAGUAAUAUGAAAGUUGGUUGGUUUCUCCACACACCCUUUCCUUCCUCAGAAAUACAUAGGAUGCUACCAUCUCGCACAGAGUUGUUGAGAUCUGUUCUUGCUGCUGAUUUAGUUGGUUUCCACACAUAUGAUUAUGCGAGACAUUUUGUCAGUGCUUGUACCCGCAUCCUUGGACUUGAGGGUACACCUGAAGGAGUAGAGGAUCAGGGAAAACUAACUCGUGUGGCUGCGUUUCCUAUCGGGAUAGAUUCCGACCGGUUCAUCCGAGCUCUUGAACUCCCUCAGGUCCAGGAACACAUGAAAGAACUGAAGGAAAGAUUUGCUGGCAGAAAGGUAAUGUUAGGAGUUGAUCGUCUUGAUAUGAUCAAAGGAAUUCCCCAGAAGAUUUUGGCAUUUGAAGAGUUCCUUGAGGAAAAUCCUGACUGGCGUGAUAAAGUAGUUUUGCUGCAAAUUGCUGUACCAACAAGGACAGAUGUUCCUGAGUAUCAAAAGCUCACAAGCCAGGUUCAUGAGAUUGUGGGACGCAUUAAUGGAAGAUUUGGAACUCUUACAGCUGUUCCAAUACAUCAUCUGGAUCGAUCUCUUGAUUUUCAUGCAUUGUGUGCACUAUAUGCUGUUACCGAUGUGGCACUUGUUACAUCUUUAAGAGAUGGAAUGAAUCUUGUGAGUUACGAGUUUGUUGCCUGCCAAGCAUUCAAGAAAGGGGUCCUCAUUCUGAGUGAGUUUGCAGGAGCAGCACAGUCUCUUGGUGCUGGUGCUCUUCUGGUGAACCCAUGGAAUAUUACAGAAGUAGCUGCGUCGAUUGGUUAUGCUUUGAAUAUGCCAGCGGAUGAAAGAGAAAAAAGGCACAACCAUAAUUUCAGGCAUGUGACAACUCACACAUCGCAAGAGUGGGCUGCAACCUUUGUAAGUGAACUCAAUGAUACCAUUGUCGAAGCUCAGUUAAGAACAAGACAAGUCCUGCCCUUGCUUCCUCACCAAAUUGCAAUUGAACGAUAUUUGAUAUCAAAUAAUCGUUUGCUCAUCCUGGGAUUUAAUGCAACUUUAACUGAACUAGUUGACACCUUAGGAAGAAGGGGUGGUCAAAUUAGAGAAAUGGAGCCUAGAUUGCACCCAGAGUUAAAAGAACCCUUAAGGAAACUUUGCAGUGAUGAAAAGACAACUGUUGUUGUCCUCAGUGGAAGUGAUAGAACCAUUCUGGAUGAAAAUUUUGGAGAAUACAAUAUGUGGUUGGCAGCAGAAAAUGGGAUGUUUUUACGGCUUACAAGGGGAGAAUGGAUGACAACAAUGCCAGAAAAUCUCAAUAUGGAUUGGGUUGACAGUGUAAAGCAUGUUUUCGAGUAUUUUACAGAAAGAACACCUCGAUCUCAUUUUGAGCUUCGUGAAACUUCUCUUGUAUGGAAUUACAAGUAUGCAGAUGUAGAGUUUGGAAGGCUUCAAGCAAGGGAUAUGCUGCAGCAUCUCUGGACAGGCCCAAUCUCUAAUGCAGCUGUUGAUGUUGUUCAAGGUGGCCGAUCUGUUGAGGUUCGAGCAGUUGGUGUUACAAAGGGUGCAGCAAUAGAUCGUAUUUUAGGUGAAAUUGUUCAUAACCAAGGCAUGAAAGCACCCAUUGAUUAUGUGCUCUGUGUUGGCCACUUUCUGGCAAAGGAUGAAGAUAUCUAUACCUUUUUCGAGCCAGAGCUUCCUAUUGAAUCACCUGCUGUAGCACGAUCCAGGUCACCGGACCAUCUUGUUUCACCUUUGCCAAAGAUUCCCUGCGGUAAAAGCCGUUCCAAGGCUCACCUUAAGAAACAGCGCUCUUUGUCAACUCUAGAAAAGAGCAGUAUCGGCAGUGCUGCUUGGCGACCUAUUGUACGCGAGAGGAUUUCAGUGCAUGAGGGUUCUUCUGUACUUGAUCUCAAGGGGGAGAACUACUUCUCUUGUGCUGUUUCACGAAAGCGAUCAAAUGCUAGAUAUCUCCUUGGAACUUCAGAAGAUGUUGUCACACUCUUAAAGGAGCUGGCAGAUUCCUCGUCAUUAAGUUGAUAUCAGUCUGCCAGGUGUGGUGCAUUCUCUAAUUGGAGAUUUUGAGAUCUUGAGAUGCUAAUAAGGAGCUUGAAGGAAUGAUAUACUUGUGGCUCAAUUGAGAGCUGUCUAUUCUUUUUUGUGCAUAUAAAAGCUUUGUCGACAGCUUUUAUUCGUCCGACAGCUUUUAAAGGCAUUUAAACAGCAUUUUGCAUAUAAUUUCUUUCCUUACAGUAUCUGUGCCUCCAGUAGUUGGACGUCUUGCAAGAGCAUGUAAUUUUGGGUUUGGAGUACACAGUGGCAUCAAAUAUAGAAACAAGAAAGUAUAUGAUGAGAAAAAUUCAUUUUAUUCUUGACA